AUGUAUAUAUUUUUGGAAAUGGAGUACGGAUUAUUUCGUCUUUCGAUUUCUCAGAUCCCAGCUAAAAUCCUCUGUAGUGCAAAUGAUGCCUUUGUGAACAUGGCAUCAAAAGCGAGAGAUGAUUUUGUGCUGAUGCAGCAGAUGCCGGAUGAUGAGGGGAAACCAGGAUUGAAUAUGAACGGAGGAUUUGCGGAAUUCAGCAAGGACCACCCGGACUUGUGCUCAGAUUCGAGCAGAUGGCGGCCGAUUUUGAAAACGCUGUCGCAGCCGUGCCUGGUGUCGUCGUGCUACUCGUCAGGGGAUCGAGGUGGCAGGGCCACGAGGAUCCUUCCCUUUUUGUACCUGGGUUCCGAACAGGAUGCCCUGGACCCAGAUUUUCUCCAG